AUGGCGAGUUCAGUAGAAAUUCAACAAUUCAUCAAAGAUGCUAUUGCUAAGGACAAAGUAGUUGUGUUUUCAAAAUCGUAUUGCCCAUAUUGCACUAUGGCAAAAAAUGUUUUUGAAAAAGUUAAACAACCAAUCCAGGUAUAUGAGCUGAAUGAACGUGAUGAUGGGGACGUAAUUCAAUCUAAUCUAGCAGAAAUAACAGGAUUCCGAACUGUUCCGCAAGUAUUCAUUAAUGGAAAUUGUGUUGGAGGUGGCACAGAUGUGAAAGCUCUUUAUGAUUCUGGAAAACUUCAACCAAUGUUGAUUGGUUGA